AAUGGCACAUGGCACAGGCACAAUGUCAUUCUGUCUUGACUCAGGAAAUAACUCAUGAUCCUGUUUACCACCAAGUAGACUUGUAAUGUGAGUGUGCUUCAACUAAACUGAGUGGACACUACCUGGUUUAAUUUAGUAAUUUCAGAAAUGAGGAAACGUCUCAUCCAAAUAUUUGGCUUCUUAAUUUCAUCACUGGGAUGGCUGUUUGUGCUGUGCACUAUUGGAAUGGACUUUUGGAAAAUAUCUCCAAUAGGAGGACAAGGAGGCUCGUUUGUCAUCAAAGUGGCCUGGUAUUCUUCCAGCCUGUGGAAGGAUUGUUACACAGAUUCCACGUCUGUCAUGACCUGUAGAGACUUCCCUGUGCUCCGGGAUUUUACACCUUUUAUACACGGAGUACAAGGAUUGCUGAUGUGCGGGUUAGUUGUUGGACUAAUUGGUGUAGUUCUUUGCUUUGUUGGGAUGGAGUGCACUUAUAUUGGUGGAGCUGAUAAUACCAAGGACAAACUGCUUUUUGCCGGAGCAGUGUUUCAUAUUGUUGGAGGUGUGUCAGAUGUUUCUGCCUACUGCUUAUACAUCAACAGGAUUGCCAGAAAACCCUAUGCUGCCAACAUUGCGUCCGGAGACAUAAAGUCUGACCUAGGAAUUCCCAUAUUUCUAGGAUUGGUGGGAUGUCUGUUUAUCCUUUUAGGGGCUGUGUUAUACGCUGUUACAGUCUACCGAGUACUUUGCCCUGAAAGUGAAGUGGAUUAUGCCUAUGGAGGAGGCAAGUACAUGGCCCCCCGCUCCAGAGAAAGAACCCUGUACACCGGAUACUACAAAUCCAGGCAGAAUGGAUCUUAUAUGGGCUCAGGGCCAUCCACCAGCUCCAAAAUCUCAAAACUCUCUCAGACGAGACCCACAAAAAUUUCAGAAAGAGAUGCAUUUGUGUAGUAGCUCAAACUCUUUUUUUCAUAUGUAGGUUUUGUAUCAACAAAAGCUGAAAAACACAACAAGAGAAAGUAGCUCCAAGUUUGAUUAACUAUCAAUUGGCAUAUACUGUAGAUAGGAUGAAAAAAACCUUCACUGUUUCAGUGCACCAUGUACAAUUAUGAUUUGUUUUUGUUGUUGUGGUUUCCAUGCUCUUGUCAUGUUUUUUCUGUUUGUUGGUAAAACAGGUCAUAAAAUACAUGUCUACAUGUCUUGUGUUUGCUCAUUAACUUUGUCACUGGAAUAUCUAUUUGAUAUAUGAUGAAAUACACUUUAUACCUUAUUGUGUCUAUCCAAUUAUUCAUCCAACCAUUAAUACAUUUCAGGUCUUACCAACUGAAUUGGCCGUCACUCAGUAGUGUGCAGGAAUCCUCUCUGCAGCAUGAGCAGAAUGUUUCUGGAGAUCUUGGCCUUUAUAUUUACUUAUUUGAGGUGGGUGCUGGUGUCAACCACCUUGCCAACAGACUAGAAGAUAUCUACACUUAAUGGAAAAGUCAUCACCAUUCCAAUCUGUGAAAGAUCUGUGUCAUUGAUUUUAUUGGAGUCUCUUUUGGCAAAGACUUUCCCUCAAUGCUGGCACUGGUUGCUAAGCUCUUUUUUUCUUUCCUUUUUUAUAAAAAGUCAAGUUGAAGUUCACUGCCACUUAUGCUAUGGCCUAAUGCAAGUCUUGAAAGAACAACUCAUUUACCUCCGAAUAUGUCAAUGUUUAGCUUUUGUUCUUGAAACUUGGACAGCUACAAAGGACAUUUAGUGGGCCUCAGGCAGUUUCUCCCGCAGUUGACUAGUCCCAGGGAAUAAC